AUGCCGGCAUUAGCACAAGAGGCUUUGAUUCACGUUGCUAAUGGAACACUAUUCCACAAUGGAGACAGCAAUCCUACGUUACUUGUUAAUGGAACUUUGAUCCAGAUUCAGUUAAAGAAAACAGUCCGUGAUAGUCAGCUAAAUGAAUUACUAUAUGUUAUCAUUGUGAUAAUGUUUUACGCUACUGCGUUAAUGACAUUAAUUAUCACCCAAAUUAAACGACAAAGACGGGAAGGAGUGGAAGUGGAUUAUUAUGACGAAUAUCUUCAAAGAAAUUCUCAAGUAAAAAAGACUUGUCAUACUGCCACUGAAGUAUUAAAUAAAACCGACAAACAGAAAGGCGGACGUUCCCCCAGACCAGAUCAUUCCCUCGGAUUUAAACAGGAGCUUGCAGGACCAUCAAAAUUAAACCUACAGAGAGAAAGAUCUCCUAUUUUAGAAAGCAUUCCAGAUGAAGGUACUUGA